CAUGACGGCUGCUCGGAGGCAACUGUGAGAGCAUUGCUGUGUUCGCAGGAGGCGGCCGUCAGAGACGCUCACCUUCGUACCGAAGGAGGAGGAUAAAAUCAGAGGGUAGGACGGCGCGUUCGCGGCUCAUGUUGCAGGCAUAACUUUUUAGGAGUCGUUGACCGGUUGUUGGGUGGAUAAGCGGUGCAGAACAUGGCAGCGUCCAAAGGGGAGUGCAGCGAAAGCAGCAGCAGUGGGAACAGUGGCGUCGUAGUGACCGAUGUAUCGCCCAACGAAAGUGAGACACUGGAGGGUCGAGCUGUGGCCAUACAGGACAAACUGGACAACACGUACCGUCAGAUAGUGUUCCUCGACCAGCAAAUCCGCGACCUCAAACGCCUGUACAAGCGUGCCGAGAAGAACAACAAGUAUGCUUUUCGCUACAACAUCCGCAUGAAAAUGUCCAUCGCAAGCGGCAUAAAGAUGAUGUACUACCACUACGCCAACACCAAAGUGGCUGAGCUGGAGCGCAUCACCACACAAUUGGAAGAGGCGCGUUCAACGGCCAGUGACACCUCGGAUGGCGACAGAGUGUAGUUUUGGUGUGUGGCAUGUUUUAAAGUUUCCAUUAUUGAUGCCCCGUGUUGUUGCUGAGCAGUGCUCCGCUGGCAAGUGUUGUGCAGACUUCCUAAACAGUAAUUGUUCGUGGGUGUCUUGUGCAGUGUCGAUUCCUUUUUAUUUUUUAACGUUUCUGCAAGAGAGCAAAGUCCAAGCGACUUCUUCGGCAACGACAUGCGGCAAGGUUCUGUGUCUUCGUGUCCUUGUCUCUGUGUCGUCGUUUUGUUCUCGUGCUAUAACUAUCGUCAUAUUGUUCUGUUUCAUUAUAUUGUCAUAUUGUUCUAUCGCCAAAUGUGGCGGAAAAAUUUAUCUUAUUGUGAUUUUUUUGUGAGAGCUUUGUGUCGUGCGUGAGCGACGUUGGCCGUUUUAAUUAACGGAACGCGUUGCAGAAAUCGGGACGCCUUCUCUUGCUGUCUGCGCAGCUGUACAAAUAAGAGAUCGUGUCUCAGAGUUAGGGAAAGGACGCAUCGUCCGCCGUACAUUUCGCGAGUGUGUGUGCGAUGAGCUUGUUCGCUAUUGCGUGUGUGACAUUGGCCGUUUUAAUUAACGAAAUGAAUCGCGCGUUGCAUAAGUCGGGGCGCAUUCUCUUGCUGUGUGCACAGCUGUGCAAUUAAGAGAUUCUGUCUUGAUCAGUACUAGACGGUGCAUAUGAAUGCGGUGAAGUGAAUUUGUGAGUCGCAUCGCCGAAGCACGGACUAUCUCCAUAGCUGUUUGUACCUAGUCGACUGCACACGACGACGCAUUUUCUGGGGUAACUGAAUAGAGUCCGAACGAUGUGUCUUGGGCUGACAGCCCCGCCACGGUGGUCUAGAGGUUAAGGUACUCGGCUGCUAACCCGCAGGUCGCGGGAUCGAAUCCCGGCUGUGGCGGCUGCAUUUUCGAUGGAGGCGGAAAUGUUGUAGGCCCGUGUACUCAGAUUUGGGUGCACGUUAAAGAACACCAGGUGGUCUAAAUUUCCGGAGCCCUCUACUUCGGCGUCUCUCAUAAUCAUAUAGUGGUUUUGGGACGUUAAACCCCACAAAUCAAUCAUCGUCUUGUGCUGACACAGCUAGGGGAAGCGUAGCGUCCCUGUCGUUGCGCGUUCGACACGGCACGAUCAGUUCUGCAGAGAGCCUACUUCCGAGAUAUGAUCGUCGGACAUGAUCAGAAAAAAGAAGGGCACAGCCUGCUGCGACUCUAUGCAGCUUCCCCAGAAAAUGCGUCGUUGUGCGCAUUCGACUACGUAUGCACCGCUACGGAGAUAUUCUGUGCUUUGGCGGUAUGAGUGUGACGUAUAUUGAAACGCGGCUCACAAAUUCGCUACCCCUUAAGCAUUCAUACGCCUCGUCCCUAAUACUGAGACACAAUCUCUUAAAUGCACAGAUGCGUACACAGCAAGAGAACACGCCCCGUAUUCUACAACAUGCAGUUCAUUCCGUUAAUUAAAACGGCCAACGUCACACACGCAAACAAGUUGAUCGCACUUGCGAAACUCAUGGCAGGCGACAUGCACCAGGGACGACAUAAAGCCCUCACAGGGAAGUCACAACUACAGGGGCAAAUUUCUCUGCCAAAUCUGGUAGCAGUCUGGCAACAACCACCCAAAGUCUGGCAUUUGAGAUAUGCAGUGCCAAACAGAGCCUUGCCACCCGCCUGCUUAACACAAGUGAUGGCGACUUGAAGGUCAAGCGCAAGUGUCGAGGCUGCGUCCUCACAUGAUUUCCUCUCGAAGCCUGCUUUAUCAUGACCUAGGACAGACCUCGUUAUGAACAGCAGUGUUUGUGCUACGAGAAGGAGAAUCCAGACGAAGAUGUGUAAGCGAUCUGAACACCACUCCAUCCACCUGGGCAUAGCGAAGCUGUGGGAUAAAACAGUGACAACAGUCCAUCUAAUUUUGUGUUACUCGGGCCUUGUUUUUCUUUUUUUUUUUAUUACAACUUAAGGUUUUAUGGGCGUGUGUGUGUGUUGUCAUUUAUACCUAAGUUAGCAUUAGCAUUGUUUGAUUUUUAGUUUUACAGGCAAAGUUGGCUGGCCAACCUUUCCUUUCUUUGUGAUUUUAUGCGCUCACUCUUCUUUUGCAUCUGUGAUGUGAAUGUGCGUGUUUGAAAAGUGCGCAACGCCAUCAGCCUGAACCAAAGAGGACGACGAAGAUGACGCUCGGUGGCAUGUGUGGGCAUAAAGAUUUGGAGCCAAUAAGAAGCCUCCACGGAGAUUUAGGUGAGCCACGGGGGAAGAACAGCGAAACCAGGUAGACGUGGCUGAGUCGGGAACGAGUGCAGAAGGUGGCCUGGGUGCGGGGGUGGUGCCAUCAGAGCUCCUGCGUCAAGGUCGCUGUGGGCUCCCACCUGGACCCAGAACCUCUCGUCGCCUGGCGUGGGCCAGGCAUGGUCGUUUAGCGUUGGCCAAGAAACGUCUCCGGCUUCGUGUGCGAGCUGCGGCUGCCGAACGCCGUAAGGUCACUGACAUCGACCAGCCCGACGCUUCCUUCCCUGCCAGUCAAUGACGCAAGGGUCUCAACCCCAUCACCACUGUCACCGUUUGCGUAAGUGCGUCUAUGCCUCGGUAGCAGAGCCUCCGCCGCAAGCACCGCGCCCCGCGAUGUGGGGAUAUAAGUUCCUAUUGUCUGAACAUUUAUUUCCACUCACUCUUCGUGUCUUUAGCCAUUCGUUCUUCCUGUUAACCUCGUUGUAGCUUUGCAUGCGGUGUUCUUUGUUGUUUAUCUUUUAGUGGUUUCUGAAAUAUAUUGAGUGUUGGGUAUUCGGUGUAAACAAA